UUGUCUGGGAGGACAAGGUAGCAGGUUCCUGAUCACAGCUCCAGCUCCAGUCCUGACAACAGACAUGGAAAUGUCAUAUGUGGACAGCGUGUACGAAGAGAAAAAGAGGCUAGAGAGAAAGGAGAGGAAAGAGGGAAUCUGCCUUGAGGUAGUGGCCUUGGUCACCGGGUUCAUUGGACUCAUCGGCGUUUCUGCUGUGACCGGGUUGCCCAUGUGGAAGGUGACAGCCUUCAUUGGGGAGAACAUCAUUGUCAUGGAGACACGCUGGGAGGGCCUCUGGAUGAACUGCUAUCGGCAGGCCAACAUCCGGAUGCAGUGCAAGGUGUAUGAUUCUCUGCUGUACCUGCCGCCAGACCUGCAGGCCGCCAGGGGACUCAUGUGUUCUGCGGUGGCCCUCACCUGCUUCGCCAUGGUGGUGUCGGCUGUGGGCAUGCAAGGCACCAAGUUCGUGGACCAGCGUGGGCGUACCAAACAUGUGGUCCUGGUGGUGGGUGGCUGCCUCUUUCUGGCCGCCUGCGUCGUCACGCUCAUCCCCGUCUCCUGGACAGCAAACGUGAUCAUCCGUGACUUCUACAACCCACUGCUGAUCAACGCGGAACGCCGUGAGUUGGGUGAGGCACUUUACAUCGGCUGGGUAACGGGAGCUUUGCUUUUCGCUGCUGGUGUGAUGCUGGUGUGUCGCCAUGCACCUCGCACACAAGAAGAAGAAAAGAUAUACCCAACUGGUUCCGUGAACUACCCUUACACCUACCAGCCUGAAUACAGCUAUCAGCCAGCGUACACCUACAACCCUGGCUAUACCUACCAGCCUGCAUACUCCUACCAGCCCGUCUACUCCUCUGUGCCUCCUCAGGGAUCAGUAAUUUACAACCCUAAACAGUAUAUAUGAGUCAAGCCAGGAUUUCUGGUGGAUGGGGGUCACAAGUUAAACACUUGUGCCUUGGAGCUCAACCUACCCCUUGCUCAACUGCUCCAGGAGAAAAAAAGCACUGUGAAAAAAAGAAGAAGAUGAAGAAACAAGCUAGGAAGCAAGGGUUUUCUUCUAAAGAUUGUUUGAUUGUUAAAAAUGUUAUGCUAACUUUGAGACAAUGUAAAAAAAUCUGACUUUUUUUUUUAUAAUUUACAAAAUCACAAUAUGAAGAGUAACAACAAACAUUGUUUGAAGUUUCAUUCAUAAGCAAUUCCUUACAACUGAUUUCUUUCAGAUUUCAAAGAACUACUGAAUGACCAAUAUUUUCGGGACUUUUAAAGACCUUUCAUAGUGGAAUAUGAUAAAUAAUAAAGUAAACUUACACCAAUGACAGUACAGAUUGAACUGAUAUUUGUGUAUUUUAAUGCUUACCACAAACUAAACACUCAACCAUGUUUGUAUAACCUGUAUGUUGUUUUACUGUCUAAUGAUGAAUUUAAUGUACAUAUGUGUAUAAGUUUUGGGUUAAUGUUGAACUUUGGAAUGUUUGUUCUGUUUUCGCAUCAAUUAAUCAAUUAACUUUGUUAUUUUUUUCAAAACUGAG